ACGCUGCACGUUGGCAAGGAUUAGUCAUGCGUAAAUGCAAAUGCAUGCGUUUCUAGCGUCUCUUUAACUCAGAGAGACCGGGAGAGAGAGGGGAGGGGGAAAAGAGGUGUGUCUAGAAGCUUUGGCAUGGGAUGGGAGGUCACCAUGUUUUAGUUGCAUGAUUGGACUCCACUAAGAUUUUGUGAUGGAUUGUGUUUUAAUGCAUGCGGAGAAUGCAGCAUGCAAAUAACCACUUCUAGUCCCAGAUCUGCAUGCUCAGGGCCUCCAGGCCGAGGACGGAUCACCGGGUUACGCGUGUGUGUGAGCAGCGGGGGCAGGUGCUCUGCGACCCCGGCUCAAACUCUUCUCUGCAGCCAGCUGGAAUGGCAUGAGGCGGUGUAGGCUGGCUGGAAACACGCGAGGGGUUGUGCACAAGCGAAACACGCUAUACUUUACAUGCCUGAAAGAUGAUGACAGUGGAGAUCACGACCAGGACAACUGCUCACCGAAAGACGGGGAGAAGGAAAAACAUGACGAAGAGGAGAAGGACUCAAACACUACCAAGAGAAAGGCGGUGGUCCCAGGGGCUGGUGAGCACCCUCUUCAGUACAACUACUCGUUCUGGUAUUCUCGUCGCACACCAGGACGGCCAGCCAGCACACAGAGCUACGAACAGAACAUUAAACAGAUCGGCAGCUUUGCUUCGGUGGAGCAGUUCUGGCGUUUUUAUAGUCACAUGAUCCGACCGGGUGAUCUGACUGGUCACAGUGAUUUCCACCUGUUUAAGGAAGGAAUCAAACCCAUGUGGGAGGAUGAUGCCAAUAAGAGUGGAGGGAAAUGGAUCAUACGGCUUCGUAAAGGCCUGGCGUCACGCUGCUGGGAGAAUUUAAUCUUGGCCAUGCUAGGUGAGCAGUUCAUGGUGGGCGAGGAGAUCUGUGGGGCCGUUGUGUCUGUUCGCUUCCAGGAGGAUAUCAUUUCUAUCUGGAAUAAGACAGCCAGUGAUCAGGCCACCACUGCUCGCAUUAGAGACACCUUACGCAGAGUUCUCAACCUGCCUCCUAAUACCAUUAUGGAGUAUAAAACACACACCGAUAGCAUCAAAGCUUGGGAGGAUUUCCAUGGUCUAGUGAACGCAAGCGGAGGCCGCUAGUUUUUCAUCUGAAGAGUGUGAGACAGAUUAUCAAGUUAAUUUUACCACCGAAGAGGACGUUUCCGAGGAGUUUACCUGUUUUUAAAAGAAAAACGAUCGGGACGUCAUGAAAAGGGUCAGCAUGACAAAUUUGUUCUAUUGAAGACUUACGGCUUCUGUUUUUAUCAUCUUCCAAAUACCACAUCACCUGAAAACUCUCACAGAAGAAGGAGGAACCAAUUCAUCAACAUAUGAACGAAUGUUUUCCUGUCAGUCAUUGGGUCGAGCUCUCAGAGGGACACAGCGGGACCACAUAGUUCAGCCACUGUGACAUGAACUAAUGGCUGGGAACUGCCACCGUUUUCCAAGAAGAAAAACAACAACAUGCCCUUGUGUAGUACAGCCACAUUAACUGAAUUAUCAUCUGAAUAACACAGUUUCAUGAAGAUGGCCUGAGAGGAAGACAGGUUUCAUUUAGGUCACAUUAUUUACCAAUGAGGUUGCAGGUUGAUGAGGAUAUUUUACUAUAGUGCAGUAUUUUAGCUACAGUGUUGAGUUGUUUUAAAAUAGAACUGUUGUACAAAAAAAGAAUUAUAUUUCUAAACAUAUUUGGAGAGCUCUAUAAUGGCAAGCUUUUUGUUUCUCCUGAGCUAAGAGAGUGUAAACCCAAAGGACAGUGCCCUAUCAGGGAUGGGUACCACGCUGCCUGAUUCACUGUGCCUCCGGCAAAUCACUGAUUUUCAAGAUCGCUCAACAUCCUGGCACUCGGCUGGAGGAGACCACACUGGAGACGCGACUCCAGCACUUUAUUCAUAGGACUCCAAGCCCUGUUUUAGAAAUCACUCGGAUGUUAUUCAGACAUGCUAACUAACAAAUACUGAUCUGUUAAUGGGGGCUGUGUAUCAACACCUACUUUAUACUGCCUGAAAUUCAGUGCUGGACAGUUGUAUUGGAGGUACAUAAAAAUAAGUGGAAAGGAAAGGUUUUUAAUUAUGAUUGAUCAUAGCAAUAAAUGUUGAUUAUGCAUCUGCUGCUAA